AGAAUCUCCCAGACUAAAAGGCUCUAUUAUUUUUGCUUGCUAAGGAAAAUUGUUUAGAGGCCAUUCUUUUUCUGGGAUUAGUUCCUUUCCAUUAAAAUCUUGCUUUUUCCCGGAAAAUCAAGCUUGGGCAAAUAUAUUUGCUGACUUGUUAUGCCAGAAAUUUGGUGAGGCACCUACCCUUUUUGGUGCUGAAUUGUGGUUCAAUUCGAGAUCAAAGGGACUUAUUUUAAACCAUCAAUCUUCAACAAGAGGAUGGCAAAGGAUGUGAUCAUUAGUGUUUCAGUGAUUCCAGCUUCUGAGUUACUCACUCACAUUGUCCUUGAUUUAUUUGAAACUGCACAAUCAGCCAAAAAGGUUCUGUUUCAGAAAGAUAACUUUAUCACAUUCUCAACACACUUGGAGAAAACAGCAGCCAUUUUGAAAGAGUUGUCCAAACAAAAUCUUGACCAUUCUGAGAGCUUAAAGAGUGCCUUGACAAUUUUGAACAGAGAAUUGAAAGCUGCUAAGCAGCUAAUCGAAGAUUGCAGCAAAAGGAAUAAGCUUUAUCUUUUUUUCAAUUGCAGGAAGAUUGUAAAGCAGUUAGAUAGCAGUACUAAGGAGAUUAGUCAAGCAUUAAGCCUAAUCCCACUAGCCUCUUUGGAUGUGUCAUUGUCAAUAAAUGACAAGCUUAGUGAGUUAUGCAAGAGUAUGUUAGAGGCUGAAUACCAGGCAGCUGUGGUGGAGGAAGAAAUUUUGGCGAAGAUCGAGUUAGGAAUACAAGAAAGAAAUGGCAAUCACUCUUAUGCAAACAAUUUGCUGUUUCAAAUUGCUGAGGCUCUUGGUUUGUCGACUGAGAAGUCUGCAUUGAAAAAGGAGUACGAAGAAUUCAUUCGCGAGAUAGAAGAUGCCAAUGUGAGGAAAGAACAGGAAGAAUCUUUGCAAAUGGAUCAGAUUAUAGCUUUGCUUGAAAAUGCUGAUGCAGCAACAUCUUCUGAGGAGAAAGAGAAAAAGUAUCUUGAGAGGAGAAAUUCUUUAGGCAAUCAACACUUGUUGCCGCUCAAGGGAUUUUAUUGCAGCAUCACUCAUGAGGUUAUGGUGGAUCCAGUCGAAACUUCUUCUAGACAGACGUUCGAAAGAAGUGCCAUAGAGAGAUGGCUUGCAGAAGGGAACAAUCUGUGUCCCUUGACAAAUGCUCCCCUUGAUGCUGCAGCUCUACGGCCCAAUAAAACUCUUAGGCAAUCCAUCGAAGAAUGGAGAGAUCGAAACACCAUCAUUACCAUUGUCAAUAUCAAACCCCAACUCCAGUCAGAUCAAGAGGAAGAAGUUCUGCAAGCCUUGAGCCUGCUGCACAAGUUGUGCAUUGAUAAAGAGCUGCAUCGAGAAUGGGCGACAUUGGAGGACUGCAUAUCAGUUCUUGUUGGACUUCUUGGUAGAAAUAAUCGAGAUUUAAGAAAGGAAGUUCUUGUGAUCUUAUCCAUCCUUGCAAAGGACAGUGAGGAUAAAAUGGAAAAAAUAACUAGAGUAGAUGGUGCACUUGAAUCUAUUGUUCGCUCACUUGCUCGCCAAUACGAGGAAAGUAAGGCGGCAUUGCAUUUGUUAUUGGAGUUAUCCAGAAGUAAUGUUGCACUAGAUUUGAUUGGAAAUGCUCAGGGCUGCAUACUUCUCCUAUUGACUAUGUUAAGCAGUGAAGAUAACCAAGUUGCUACAGAAGCUCUACAGCUUUUAGAGAUUCUGUCACUCCAAAAGAACAACGUUAAGCAAAUGGCGAAAGCAAAUUAUUUUAAGCCGCUGUUGCAGCUUCUUUCUUCAGGACCUGAAGAUGUUAGAAUGUGUAUGGCUGAAACUUUGGCCGAAAUAGAAUUGACUAAUCACAGCAAACUAGCCAUUGUUAAAGAUGGAGGACUGCGGCCACUUAUUGAAAUGCUUGCACAAGGUGAUUUGGAGGCCAAGAAAGCGGCUAUUAAAUCUCUCCUGCAACUCUCCAAUUUACCUCAAAAUGGCCUGCAGAUGAUCAAAGAAGGUGCAGUUCGACCGCUGUUCGAAGUUCUUUAUUGCCACAGCUUACAAUCACCAGCAUUGCGUGAACAGGUAGCUGCCACAAUUAUGUACCUUUCCAUAUCAACCGCCAACCAAGAAUCUGAUGGCGAACAGGUCUCGCUGUUGGAGUCAGAGGAAGACAUUUUUAAACUUUUCUCCCUCAUUUCUUUAACGGGGCCUGAAAUAAAGCAAAGCAUUCUCAAAACUUUUCACUCUUUGUGCCAGUCCCCUUCUGGUUUAGACAUCAGAAUGAAGUUGAGACAGCUCUCUGCAGUCCAAGUCUUGGUUCCUCUAUGUGAGGUCCACCAACACUCAGUUCGAGCAAAUGCAGUGAAGUUGUUCUUUUGUUUGACAGAAAAUGCUGGCGAUGACAGCACCUUCUUGGAGCAUGUCAAUCAAAGAUGCAUUGAGACCUUGCUCAAAAUCAUUCGAAUUUCAAAUGAUGUGGAAGAGAUUGCUUCUGCACUUGGUAUUAUAGCUUAUCUUCCAAAGAAUCCAGAGAUGAAUCAAUGGCUUCUAGAGGCUGAGGCACUUCAAAUAAUUUACAAUUGUCUCAAUGAUGGGAAUAGAGAUGUCUCUUACAAAAGUCAGGUAGUAGGGAAUGCUGUCGGAGCUAUUUGUCGCUUCACAGUUUCAACAAACCAAGAAUGGCAGCAUAGGGUAGCUGAAGCUGGUCUCAUACAGGUACUGGUACGGCUUUUAGCUUCUGGAACUUCUUUUACAAAACAAAAUGCAGCCAUUGCUCUUAAGCAGCUUUCAGAAAGUUCAAAAAACCUCAGCAAGCCAAUUAAGAAACGCGGGCCUUUCCUGUGCUGCUUUUCUUCACCCGAGACUGGUUGUCCUGCCCACAUGGGCAGUUGUGGAGUUGAGUCUUCAUUCUGCAUUCUAGAGGCUAAUGCUAUGGAUCCCCUUGUGAGAAUGCUUGGUGAACCAGAUCUUCAAACCACCGAAGCUGCUCUGGACGCGCUUUUGACAUUGAUUGAUUCUCAAAAACCACUGGAUGGCAUUAAGGUUCUUGAUAAUGCUAAUGCCAUUGCCGCAAUUAUAAAGUUACUGAGCUAUGACUCUGCUAAAUUGCAGUGGAAAUGUCUAAAGGGUUUGGAGAUGAUCUUUCAAUUGGAUGAGUUAAAGCGCAAGUACGGAGGUUUAGUGCAGAUGCCACUGGUUGACAUUGCUCAAAAGAAAGCUAGUGAUAUGAGGGAGAUCAAAUCUCUAGCUGCCAAACUACUUGCUCAAUUGGGAGUUUUAGGUGCUCAAUCUUCCUUUUUCUAAUAGAUAUUGCUGUACACUAGAAGUCAGUGUCAAUUGUUUUUUAUUGGCAUACUUUAAAAGGUCUUAGAACUAAUGAGUUAUUCCUAUAGAUGCAAACAUUGGACUGCUUACAAUUAUAAAAUUCAGAUUCUUUGUACAGAAA